UAUUUCACCAUUUACCAGGCACGGGCAGUGAAAACCUCUCCAGUCGUGUGCCUGGCAGCCUAGCUGCACACAGACUAAGUGUACAGGGAGGUGCUGUGAUUUUUGAUUUUUAGACUUCAGUUGGACCUCUAUAAAGGUUCCGGUCAUGGGUUAUCAGUUGAUCUUCAUUGGGCUCACAGCUCUGUUCAAUGCAGCCUGUGCCCAAAAUCAUCAGUACUACUUUGUGAACACACCAAGAACUUGGAAAAAGGCUCAGGCUGUCUGCAGACAUAACUACACUGACCUGGCUACAAUAACAAACAUAGAUGAUAUUGCUGCUGUUGUCAACACCACCGCAAGUUAUACAGGCAAGACGUGGAUAGGUCUAUAUGAUGACGUGAUAAACGGCUGGAAAUGGUCUCAAUCUAACAGCAGCUUCUAUGGUGACGGACAGACAACUUAUAGGAACUGGUAUCCUGGAUACCCAAACAACUAUGCAGCCCAACAGCAAUGUGUCACCAUAUAUAAUUACGACUAUUUAGGCAGGUGGAUGAACUAUCCUUGCAACUACCAACUACCUUUUGUGUGCUAUAAUGGUAAGUUUUUACACCUUUAACAAAGAAAAUGUGUUUGUAUCAUUUCAU